UCCUUUUGUGUCGGAGCGUGCGCCGGCGUCGCCUGCCUAUAAAUUGCGGCGUCCAACUUUGGCUGGCCUACACGCCUUACGUGGUGCUGCGUGAGGACGACGCAAAAUGUCACAGUGUUCGGGCAAGAUCACCUUCUACGAGGGGAAAUGCUUCACCGGCAGGAAGUUGGAGGUCAGAGGUGACUGCGACAACUUCCAGGACCGUGGCUUCAUGAACAGGGUGAACUCCAUCCGCGUGGAAAGCGGCGCCUGGAUCUGCUUCGAUCACCCUGACUUCAAGGGCCAGCAGUACAUUCUGGAGCACGGCGAAUACCCCGAAUUCCACAGGUGGAACUCCCACAACGACCACAUGGGCUCCUGCAAGCCUGUCCGCAUGCACGGAGAACAUUACCGCAUGGAGCUGUUUGAGGGUCCCAACUUCUCGGGGCAGAGCGUUGAAGUGUGCGACGACUGCCCCUUCCUGCAGAGCCGCGGCCUGGCCAAGAACUGCAUCAACUCCGUGAAGGUGUUCGGAGACGGCGCGUGGGUGAUGUACGAGGAGCCCAACUUCCGCGGCCGCAUGUUUGUGCUGGAGCGCGGCAACUACAGCAGCCCCAACGAGUGGCAGGCGCAGAACCCCAACAUCCAGUCCAUCCGACGAGUGGUCAACUAUUUCUGAAGCAGCCAAGCAAGCAGACGUCAUGAAGAGAAAACUUUUUUUUAAUGAUUCUUUUCCUUAUGUCAACUUCCUCCGGACGGCCGAGCCCAGGAAGUCCGCCACCUUUGCCAAAAUAAAAGUCUGACAUUGUUUCCUG